AUGGCGAUUAGUAAAUGUGGAGAUUUUGAUACUUUUUGGAGGUUUUUUCCCGAUGGAUUAAAAGAUUCUGUAAAUUAUAAUUUUAAUACUGUAUCAUUUAGGAAAUAUUGUCCUAAUAAUAAUUGUGACAGUGAUACAAAUAAGAUUAAUGCUGGAUGUUUAUGGUUAAUUAAUAACAUUUUCAGCACAUCUGAUUUUUCAGUUGAUAAUAAUACUCUUAUGGAUGAUGCUACAUGUAUUAUGAUAUGGUUAGGUUAUAUAUUAAGCCUAAAACCACUUGAUAAAAUCAACACAUUAAACGAUUUUUAUUCUAACCAUAUAGAAAAAAACAAGAUGUACACUGAGAAUAAAGUUAAUAAUCAACGAACAUAUAUUAAGGAAGUCAUGGAAGGCAUAAAGGAAUAUAUGGAUAUUAAUAUUAGUCAUAUGCCUAAAUUUUAUGAAUUACUUAAAUUAUUAUGUAAUAUGAAUAAUGAUAUAGGAAAAAAAAGUAGUAGCGAUAUGUUAAAACAUGCUAAUAAUUUUUUUAAUAAAUAUAAAGAACUCCUUAAUGAUGAUAAAAAUAUUAAAGACAGUUCAUACAAUAAACUAUUACUUGUUUUAUCCAGGUAUUAUACUAAUUUUGGAAAAGGUAGUGAAUACCGUAAUAAAACAAAAGAUUUUCCUUCAUUACCAACAAAAAAAACAGCUAAAAAUGGCAGUAUAUCAGAUACUAAAGUAACUAAAACAACUGAAUUAUCGAGUGAAACAGGAAAACAAAAUAUUCCAACGAUAAUCCCGAUUUCUAAUACUGCAUUGUCAGGAUCGUCACUAGUAAACAAAAUAAUUAUAUUUUUAUCGAUAUUUGGUGCAAUAGCAAUUUUGGGGGGAAUUUCCUAUAAGUAUUCGUUAUUUGGAGUUCGGAAGCGAUCUCAAAAACAACACUUGAGAGAAAAGCUAAAAAAAUAA